CGAAAUUGUUUUGUUCAUUGAAUCUAUUCCCGGAGUUGAUUAAAUAUGAUAAAUUACGCUGUUCGAGGGCAGCAUCUAAUGCGCGCUUUAGGUACGACUGUUGCGUGCAGCCGCUCUCGCCCUGGACAAAGUGCCUUGAUUAGGCAUUUUACCGAGAGGGUAACGGUAUCGCGAUUAGAGAGAUUCAGUGGUGCGACAGUGAUAGCUCAACGGUUUUACAGUCGCAAACGCGACAAGAAAGCGCUAGCGGCACCAGCAGUCCUGUCCGACCAAGAUUCCAACCUCCCUGCCACAGUGGAAGUGCCCGACGUAUGGCCACAUGUUCCGCUGAUUGCCAUUCGUAAGGUUCCCUUGUUUCCGCGCUUUAUGAAGGUUGUGGAGGUGUCCAAUCCAAAUAUUAUGGAUCUGCUGCGUCGCAAAGUAAAGCUCAACCAGCCCUACAUUGGAGUUUUCCUUAAGAAAGUUGAUGGCGAAGAAGAGGUUAUCCCGAGUCUGGACGAUGUCUAUCAUAUAGGCAGCUUUGCAAAGAUCCAAGAGGUGCACGAUGUGGGGGACAAGCUGCGCAUAGUAGUGGUGGCGCAUCGUCGUGUACGCAUUACAAGACCCAUGUUCGAGGAUCUGCCUCCACCCAAAAAGCCAGUGAAAAUGACAACAUUGCAUUAUCCGCUAUUUAAAAUUAAAUUACACAUCCCAGCUGAAGAUCAAACAACAAACAAUGAAUUAUCGACAACGACAAUGCCAAUGACAUCAAAAGAACGCCGCAAAACACGCCGCUCACAUAGGCAGAAAAUAAUAGAAACUGCGGCUGCCGCUGACCUUGAGAACAAAAUCGGAAUGAAUGGAGCGCCUUCGAAUAUAUCAGAGAAACUUAAAGCUCUGGCAUCUGCAACCAAAGCCGCCUUCGAACCCGAAACGAGUAAAUCAAAAAAUGCUCUUACAGAACUCGCUCCGCUGCCUGUGCUCAGUGUAGAGGUGGAGAAUGUUAAGCAAUCUGCCUUUACAUUCACCGAUGAGGUCAAGGCGCUGAUCCAGGAGAUUAUUAAGACUCUACGCGACAUCAUCACCAAGAAUCCCUUGUUUAGGGAGAGUCUCCAUCAAAUACUUCAUCAGAAUCAACGGGUUGUGGAGAAUCCCAUAUACCUGUGCGACUUGAGUGCUUCUCUGUCAUCCGCAGACCCAGAGGAGCUGCAAAAUAUCCUAGAGGAAUCAGAUAUCCCAAAACGUCUGCAUCUGUCUCUUACCAUACUCAAAAAAGAGUUACAGCUAUCGACGCUUCAGGCGAAAAUUGGACGCGAAGUGGAGGAAAGACUCAAGCAGCAGCAUCGCAGAUACGUACUCUACGAGCAGAUGAAGGUUAUCAAGAAGGAGUUGGGCAUUGAGAAGGACGACAAGGAUGCCAUCGGCGAAAAGUUUAAGGAAAAGCUGAAAGGCAAAAUCGUUCCAGCAAGCAUUCAGCAGGUCAUUGAUGAGGAACUAUACAAACUGAACUUCCUGGAGAGUCACGGCUCUGAAUUUAAUGUAACCCGCAACUACCUCGACUGGCUCACCUCGCUACCCUGGGGCAUCACUAGCACUGAGAAUCUCUGCCUGGAAAAGGCCGAAGAGAUCCUAACACAUGAUCACUACAGAAUGGAGGAUAUCAAGAAGCGUAUCCUAGAGUUUAUUGCCGUCAGUUCUCUUAAGGGCACCACGCAGGGCAAGAUAUUGUGCUUCCAUGGACCGCCUGGUGUGGGCAAGACGAGCAUAGCCAGGUCCAUUGCUCGGGCUCUGAACCGCGAGUACUUCCGCUUCAGUGUGGGCGGCAUGACGGAUGUGGCUGAGAUCAAGGGACAUCGUCGCACCUACGUGGGCGCAAUGCCUGGCAAACUGAUACAGUGCUUGAAGAAGACCAAGACGGAGAAUCCCCUGGUGCUCAUUGAUGAGGUGGAUAAGAUUGGCAAAGGUUAUCAGGGAGAUCCCAGCUCGGCGCUGUUAGAGCUUCUCGACCCCGAGCAAAAUGCCAAUUUCCUGGACUACUAUCUGGACGUGCCCAUCGAUCUGUCGCGUGUGCUGUUCAUUUGCACUGCGAACGUGCUUGACACCAUACCAGAUCCACUGAGGGAUCGUAUGGAGAUGAUUGAGAUGUCCGGCUAUGUGGCAGAAGAGAAGGUGGCCAUUGCCCACCAGUAUCUGAUACCGCAGUCCAUGAAGGACUGUGGAGUGACCGAGGAGAAUAUAACCAUCACCGAGAAUGCCCUGAAUAUGUUGAUACGCAGCUAUUGCCGAGAAUCCGGGGUGCGAAACUUGAAGAAGCAAAUCGAGAAGAUAAUACGCAAGAUAGCCCUCCUAAUGGUCAAGAAGAAGGGUACCAAGUUCCUAGUGGAUGCUGAGCACUUGACCACAUUCCUGGGCAAUCAGAUAUUUACCUCCGACCGCAUGUACGAGACGACCCCGCCGGGUGUGGUAAUGGGCCUAGCCUGGACGGCUAUGGGUGGCUCAUCUCUGUACAUUGAGACAACGCCACGAAACCAAUUAAAAAGUGUAGGCUCAAAAUCAGAAGCCAUGGGAUCAGGCGGUGGCGGAGGUGGCAAUUUGUAUGUCACUGGAAACCUUGGAGAUGUGAUGAAGGAGUCGGUCCAAAUUGCCCUCACUGUGGCUCGUAGCUUUAUUUUCAUGCGAGAUCCUAAAAAUAAGUACCUAGAGACAGAAAACAUCCACCUGCAUGUUCCUGAGGGGGCUGUGCCAAAGGAUGGGCCCAGUGCUGGCGUCACCAUUAUCACGGCCUUAAUUUCGUUGGCCACCGGCAAGUCUGUGCGAAGCGAUAUGGCCAUGACAGGCGAGAUCUCUUUGAGUGGCAAAGUACUGCCCGUAGCCGGCAUCAAGGAGAAAACCAUAGCUGCACGUCGCAGUGGCGUCAAUUGCCUCAUCCUGCCCGUGGACAACAAGAGAGACUUUGAUGUGUUGCCUAAGUUUAUAACCGAAGGCCUGGAGGUUCAUUUUGCGGCUAACUAUGAGGACGUCUACAAGAUCGCCUUUUCUGCAUCCACCAAAAACGAGGGCGAGGCGAAAGUAGUGCAAGUGGCCGAGCUGGAGGACGAGCAGGAGCCCCUAUCGAGGUUGUCGAGCUCGGCCAGUGCUAUGCCAACGGGGUCUUAAUCGUAGUAAAAUUAGCUUGGGGGUUGGGGGUUGUAUCGAUGUAUUGACAUCGACGUAUCAGGGUAAUUAGUGUAUGUAUGUAUACAAACCAAAUCAUUUUCUAAAUCUAAGACAUGUACAUAAAUCCCAUCGACGCUCGUGUAGACUCCAUUAUGACAACUUUCGAUGGUUGGUCACCUGCACAAGCAGCGGGCUGACGCUGUCUCCCUCUGGUAAACUAGAUCAAAGCAUUGCAAUCAAAUAGAAUUGGAUAACUACGGAAAUUGGAUAACUACCCUUGGGGAAAUUAAUUUUAUAUAAUGUUGGAGCUCUCAGGCUCCAACCAACAAAGAAACUAGUCAUUCUCAGAGUAAAAAUGAUCUAAACGAAAAUCUGCAGUUCAUAGACACCGA